AUGCGAGUGCGGUCGCGGAAGAGCAGGCGCGGAGAUGACAGGCCAAACAUCGAGGGAGGAGGGGUUACACGUGGCACGCCCUCUUUGGUUUGCUCGUCCAAGGUGGACGACGUGCCGCACCUAUCCGAGUGGAUCCCCGACCUCCAGACGUACAGCAAUCCACUGGUACUCAAUCCAGCCUACGCCUACGUUGAUCAGUAUUUCGUAGAGCCCAACGACAUGGUGUGCCAGCAGGUGUCGGCCCGUCUAUCAGAUCUGGACAGCAUCAGCUACUUUCGCAGAGCAGGGCCCAGGGAGAGGAUUGUGUACCACCCACGGGAGGUGCGGGCAGCCAUAGUGACAUGCGGGGGGCUGUGCCCGGGACUCAACACUGUGAUCCGCGAGAUUGUGUGGGGGCUCUGGUUCCAGUACGGUGCGCGGCACAUUCUCGGCAUCGAUGGCGGGUACCGGGGCUUCUACUCACGGAAUCUGAUGGAGCUGAACCCGUGGGUGAUAAAUGACAUUCACAAACGCGGAGGAACCUUUCUGGGGACGUCCCGUGGCGGGCAUGAUACGACCCGGAUUGUCAACUCGAUUGAGGAUAGAGGCAUCAACCAGGUGUUCAUCAUCGGAGGUGAUGGCACACAGCGAGGGGCGGAGCUCAUUUAUGAGGAGACGAGGAGGCGGGGUCUGAAGGUGGCAGUGGCGGGCAUCCCCAAGACCAUCGACAACGACAUCGCUAUAAUCGACCGGUCAUUCGGGUUUGACACGGCGGUGGAGGAGGCACAGAGGGCGAUCUAUGCGGCGCAUGUGGAGGCGGAGAGCACCCGCAACGGCGUGGGGCUGGUGAAGCUCAUGGGGCGGUACUGCGGGCAGAUCGCCAUGCAUGCUACCCUUGCGAGCCGGGACGUGGACUGCUGCCUGAUUCCAGAAGUGCCCUUCCACCUGGAGGGACCCGGAGGCCUGUUUGACUUUAUCGACCGGCGGCUGUACGAGAGCGAGCACUGCGUGCUGGUGGUGGCGGAGGGCGCGGGGCAGGAGAACAUGGCGCGCCACAUGAGCGCCAGCGAUGAUGACGUUGCUGGUGGUGCAGGGAUGGGCCGCGACGCGUCGGGGAAUGCGAAGCUGAUGGACGUGGGGCUGUGGAUGUCGGCUCAGAUCAAAAGCCAUUUCGCGAGGCAGCGCAAGGAGAUCCAACUAAAGUACAUUGACCCCACGUACAUGAUUCGGGCCAUCCCAGCGAAUGCGAGUGACAACAUCUAUUGCACGCUGCUGGCGCACGGGGCAGUGCACGGGGUGAUGGCCGGCUACACCGGCUUCAUUGUGGGCCCCGUCAACAACCGCCACUGCUACAUCCCUGUCAAUAAGAUAACACAGAAGCCCAACAGCAUCUCUCUCACCGACCGCAUGUGGGCGCGCCUCCUCGCCGCCACCUCACAGCCCUCCUUCCUUCGCAUCGACCCCACCGCCACCACUGCCGCUUCUGCUGGUGCUGAUGGUGCUGCGGCUGGGUCUUCUCAGGUGCCAGAAGGGGGUGUGAUCGAGGGGGAGUAUGGGGAGAAUGUCCUGGGGGAUGUGGGGUUGGCGGCGAGUUAUGCUCGGGAUGAGGAGGAGGAUGGUGCAGGGGUGGUGCGGAGUGUGUUGGAAGAGCUUGGGGAGGACAUGGGGAUGGAUGAGUUGGAUGUGGUGGUUGGGAAUGGAAGGAGUGGUUAUGCUGCUUCACAUGCAGCUGCAUUUGAAACGGAUGAUGAGGCAGCAAUGAACGCUGGGGAUGGAGUAGAUGGAGGUUUGCAGAAAUGA